UGUGAGUGAGUGAGCUACAGUCUGUGUCAGGGUGUGAAUAAGUUGGAGUCUGUCUGUCUCUCUUUGCGCCACUUGAUCGCCCGGAACAAAUGUUGUGCCUAUUUUUGGGCAAAUGCUAAUCUGACUCCUUCCCACUUGAUAGCGAGAGAGUUCCAGCUCCUCGUCUCUGCCUCUCGGUUGCUUCACCAGUCACCGGGCGGACGGACGGGAUCUGCUGGAAGCCAUAUUCCCGAUCCCUCUCAAUCCCAGGACUUGCUGUCAGCGCGGAGCGGGGAAUGUCUGAGCUCUGCUAUAACAGAGGCUGUGGCCAGAGCUUCCAAUCGCUCAGCAACACGGACGGAGACUGUGUUUACCACCCAGGAGCUCCCAUCUUCCACGAUGCCCUGAAGGGGUGGUCGUGUUGCAGGAAAAGAACGACUGACUUUGCAGAAUUCUUGGAAAUCCCAGGCUGCACUCGUGGCCGGCACAGCAAUCAGAAGCUUCCGGAAACUGUGAAAGUCGAGGUGCAAAAUGAUACGGAUAUGGCUCAAACCCUGAAUGCUCAGGUCGGCUCUGAGUACAUCUUCCAGGGACCAAAGUCAGCGGAAAGAAUGGAGAGAGAGCGACCGAGCGCUGAUGAGCCGAUGGUGAAACUCCCUCAGAAAGUCUCCGUCUCCCUGCAGGAGGCACUAGAGAAGCUCAGUCACACACUGCAACCUGUGGGUGUGCAGAGAGAGACCGAAGGCAGCAGAGCAGUUCAAGUGGGCACGGUGUGUAAAAACUCUGGGUGUAUGAAGACAUUCCAGGGACCUCAGAGUAACUCUCAGACCUGCUCCUUUCAUCCCGGGGUUCCCAUUUUCCACGAAGGCAUGAAGUACUGGAGCUGCUGCAAGAUUAAGACAACGGAGUUCGAUGACUUCCUGCAGCAGCCGGGCUGUGUGACCGGCAAGCACACGUGGAUCAAGAUAGAUAUGGAUAAGCGGCUGGUGGGGUGUCGACACGACUGGCACCAGACUGGCAGUGUGGUGGUCUUUACAAUCUAUGCCAAGACCUCCAACUCGGAGCUCAGCUACGUGGAUGCCAAUCGCACCGCGCUGACCGUUCACAUCGUGUUUGAAGAGGACAAGAUAUUUCACACGGACUUAAAGCUUUGGGGGGUCAUUGAUGUCAACAAGAGUGUGGUGAACAUGACUGCCAGCAAGGUAGAGAUCAGCCUGACAAAGGCCGACCCCAGGACCUGGGCCAGGCUGGACCUCCCGCCCGCCCCGACCACCCACGUGGAGGAGAAGGAGAGCGAGAGGAGGGAGCGGAGUGUGGAGGAGCCAAAAGAGCUGGUCCUGGGUGACGAGCCGCCCCCGCUGGAGGACGAGGAGUCUGACGACAGCUUCGGGUUGUCAGACAGCGAUGAGGAGUUUGACUGAGGCGAUUGGGGUGGGGGGGGGGGAAUGAAGGCAUUAACACACAUCGAACAAUCAGUAGCCCUGACAUUUUGCUCUGUUAAACCUCCGCUGUCAUGUGACUUUUUUAGGAACAUUCUAGACCAUUGUAUGUGACAUUCAGCAUAACGGCACUUUUUUUGUGAUAAUCAUUUCAUCUAUCACCCCCUUCCCCCCCCUCGCCAUAACCCCCCCGCCUCU